AUGUGCGACGCGCUCGUCGGCCUCGUCUGGAACCCCAUCUCCACGCAGGCCACCAAGGCCGCGCUCGUCACGGCCUACUACCUCGUCGCCGCCUCCGACCGCGGCGCGGCGCGCUUCGCGGAGCUCGGCGUGGUGGCAGUCCUCGUGGAGGCCCUCGUCGACGGCGUCCUGUGCGCCGACGCCGGCCUCGCGGCCGCGCGCGCGCACGCGCUGGCCGUGCUGGUGCUCGUCAAGAAGAUGUUCCGCGUGUCCGACAUGGCCACGGAUAUCGUAGUGCAGGACAGGAGUCAGGAGCAGCCAAGCCAGCCGAUUUGA